GCUGACCCAGGAGGAGGAGGAGAUAGAGGGGGAGGAGAUGAGGAAGGAGGGAGGGAGAACAGGAGGGAGGUGGGAAGGUUGUGAGGUAAGAACAGACAGAGCUCUGCUCCUGGUUGACGGGACACACGCACUCUGUGGCAGCCUGACGGGACGCGCGGGACGGGACGGGACGCAGAUUAAUGGAUUACCCGCACACUGGUCCUCACCUCUGGUAGAGGAGCAGAGAGAACCGCACACCUCCAGACUGUGACUGCGGGGGUCAGCGGGGAUCCACUGCUCCAGUCAGGAGCCGGAUGGGAGCACACUUAGAGUGACAGCGCCGAGAAUUUGAAGAAUUUUGGGGCAACAUCUCAAACAGCUGCACCAGUGAAGUGGCUCACAUUACUGAGAGGAGAGCCAAACACGCCAAGGGUAAAGGACACGCAUGAGAACGGCUUACCAUGCACUGAGAACAAGGAAUGGAAAGCAUCGGCGUGGAAACAGGCUGGGAUGGGUUAGCUCUGUCCUCUCUGGUCACCGCUGGAAGGAACAACUACUCUGCCUUGUCUCUGUUGGCCUCAGAUCUGAGCCCACACAACACUUCUCACAGCGGGGGAUCCUUUUUUGGGAUCUUUCCCGACAAUGGUACCACCACCACCGCCACACCUCAGACUGUGCCUCAGCCCAGGGUCAGGGACAUAGGCCUGGCCAGGGCGGAGAUCGCGGUGCUCGGGGUGGUGCUGGCCUUCACCACACUGGGCAACAGCUUCGUCCUGUGGGUGCUGCUGAAGAGGAGGAAGCACAACGCACCCAUGCAUGUGUUCAUGGUCAACCUGUGUGUAGCUGACCUGGUGGUGGCCUUCUUUCAGGUUCUACCACAGCUGAUAUGGGACAUCACAGAGAGGUUUCAGGGACCAGACGUGCUCUGCCGGUCUGUCAAGUACUUGCAGAUUGUGGGCAUGUUUGCUUCGUCCUAUAUGAUAGUUGCCAUGACAGUAGACAGGCACCAUGCCAUCUGCUGUCCUUUGCAGGCCUAUCGUGGUGGAGCAAUGUCCCGCUGGAACACUCCUGUCAUGGUAGCCUGGGCCCUGGCAUUGAUCCUCAGCAUACCACAGAUGUUUAUCUUCUCUCGCUCGGAAGUGGCUCCCGGAGAGUUUGAGUGCUGGGGUCACUUUGCCGAGCAGUGGGGGCUGAAGGCCUACGUCACCUGGAUGACGAUAGCUGUCUUCCUGCUGCCUGCACUCAUCAUCACCGUCUGUCAGAUAAGAAUCUUCAGAGAGAUUCACAACAACAUCUACCUGAAGUCGGAGAGGAUGGUGACGGCCGAGAUGAAGAAGAACGACAUCUCUUUCCGCUUCCAGCGACUAAAGAAGGAGGACGACAGGAGCAAGGAGAGAGGAAGAAAGGCCUCCGGAAAUGGGGGGAGGGAGGGGAGAGGAGCUCAGCUGCUGAAGGGUGCGAAUAACAUUCCUCACAAUAACAUGCACAACAGCCAAGUGGGUGAGUGCUACGAUCACGCACCGCCCGCUAUUCAGUACAACAGUUGCUGUGGUGAGAGUGUAACAACAACAGCAUCGUCAACACCGUCACAGCAGCAACCACUGACCAGCUCCGAUGGCCAGGAGACGUUCACGUCAUACGAGGUGACCUCAGAGUCACCCCGCUGCUCCAUUGACUACGCUCCCGCCAACCCUCCGGCGGCCCCUCCUCCCAGCAUCACUAAAGCCAUGUCCAAGACAGUGAGGAUGACUUUGGUCAUAGUGCUGGUCUACACCAUAUGCUGGUCACCCUUCUUCAUAGUCCAGCUGUGGGCAGCCUGGGACCCCAACCCUCCAGACCAAGGUUUGUCACGGCAUGUUAACCUAACUGCUGCGUUUGGUUCUGUCCCUGUUCCAAAGAUUUGAGAAUCAGCCAUUGAGAUUCUUUGUUUUUUUUUUGCAACUUCUGUACCUGGUCCACCGCCAAAGAAACAACAUCUAAUUGUGAUAAAGAUCCGGUUUCGAGGAAAAACACAAUACAAAGCACAACUGUCAUCAGCACAUUUUCCAGGAAACCAGGACUGAAAAUUGACCUUUGUUUUUUAAGGUUAAUUUGACCAAUUUUUAGGGAAACAAAUCAUAUUUCCAACAUUUAGCUGCUUUUAGCUAUUUUUUGGUAGCAUUUCUCUAUAACCACGUAAUACACACUUUCGCAGUUUUCACAAUGGUUUACUAGGAGCUAUUUGGCUACAUUUUUGGCUAACCUUUACAUAUAUUAAACCUAUCACCAUAAAUAUUCUCAGAUAACCUUAUUAGCUUUAUGGCUAAGCCAAGUUAGCAUCUGGCCUAUUUGUAUGAAAUAUUUAUGUUUAAUUUUAAUGUCUCAAAUUUGCUCCAAAAUUUGAUUGUCUGUAAAAGUUAUACGCUGAUAAAAAUAA